GUUUGGUGGACAUUUUAAUCCAGAAGCGACCGGCUGCUGUAGUAGGUUUCUCAACAUGGACUCGUUUCCYUGCAUUAUCGACACCUAGGUGAUCUAAAAGAUAUGCAAAUCGCUUUUUUGCUACGAAUGAAUAAGUAAAUUGCCGGUAGACACCAGCGAAGUCACCAUAAGUAUGGGUGAAUGAACGUUCUUGCCCAUAAACUUGCCUUCAAUCAUGACCAAGUCAUUCAAUAGUUCGUUGCGACUACUGUCUAUUCGUUCGUCUCAAGCGACAGCCACGAUCGGUGUCGAUUAGAAUUCCACCGAUCAACACGAUGAUGAAUGCACGAAGGAAGAAACCAAUCAUCAAGACUCAAGUGAAAUAAUGGAUACCAUAACCACACACAGGAACAGCUAGACAAGGUACGCCUUAUUACAGCACAACACACAGCUUUGCUACGCUGUGCGAUUUGAAACCUGCGCAAGACUUCUGCAAUCACCUAUGCGUUGUGCCGAGACCGAAAGGUCUCAAUGGCCCCCGUUAUACAAAACGUCUUGCAAAAUCGAAAACCGCCACUUAGGGCGUUUUGCCCGGCGGUAUGGACUUUUUCAUAACAGUCGUCGGACGAGUAUCUUUUAUCUUGCAUGUUUCGAUUCAAUAAGUUUCCAACAAUUUUCAAAUUUUUUCCUCAUACUUCUAGGUUUUCACGACAACACAACCCAAAGCUACCAAGGAAAUGGAAUAUUGCCGCUGAGAACAUCAUAAGGCCUAUACGGCGCCAAAGGACGAAGGACCAAUGUAGGCAACGAUGGCCUUGAAAUCUUUCUGAACUAGCAGUGCAUUUCACGUGUCUUGGACAUGUCUUCGCUUGCUUGCUGACGUGCGAUAGCUCUGUUCGAUACACUUAGUCUUGCCCCACUAGUCAGGACGAAGUACGAGGUUGAUUGAACUGCUGUUAUCCAGAUAAAUCUAAAAUGAACGAAAUCAUUGAUAUUUAAAUUUUGAUCGCUAAGUUCCUCUUUCUUACAUCAUUUCACUGGAACCAUCAGAAUGGAUCGCUCAUUCCAUUGAUCCCUCGCUAAUGAUAUCCAUCAUUCCUUAGUACAAUUCCGUCUUACACUGAUCGUUUGCUAGCCUAUCCGUUGAASCAUUGCUCGCGUAGGCUUUACCUAACACUGCCUCGAUGUGUCUCAGAUCCGCCUCGUAUUGUAAAGGAUKUGAACAGAACGAUGGUUGCAGGAUCGUCAUUCCUCAAUCAAGGCAUAGGUAGGAAAACGUUUGCGAGCAAUAACAAGCGAGCACAACUUUGCAAACAAAAAAGAGCCGUCACGCAAUUGUCUUGGGGAUUAUGGGCUUUAUGGGUGAUUUAGAAUUCGUCCCCUCCAACACUCUCUUUCUUUUUUGGUUGCGGGUCUUCUUCAGGUUUGACAAGGGGUUCCAAGACAGGCUUCUUCAGGACGGUUUUGUCGAAGAAACUUUGCAACUUUCGGCGGUUGAAGCUUUCGCCUUCGUAAAUUUGUAGCGUGCCCUUGUCGGUCUCGGACGAGAGUGGUCCCUCCUGGGGUGGAAUGACGUAGAGGGCCGGAAGGCUGUUGCUAUCGUCGGCAGAGGUUCCUGCAGAAAAUUCUUCUAGGAGUGCCUCACGAAUACCCUUGUUCUUCUCCGUGGGUGGGACCUCCACCAGCAGCAUCCGGCGGCGGAACUCCACAGAAAGCCACUUCACCGUGGUGGAAGUGCUUGCUUUGCUGGUGAAGAGCACUGCCACGGGGAGCCCGUACUUGUCAGCCUUGGAUCGGGCCUUUGCGAGGUCGUCGGGACCGAACUUGACCCGCUCGAYAAAGCUGGGAAGCUGGUACUCGAGGAACUUGCGCAUGUCUUUUGCGUUGCGUUCCCCGUGUUGAUAUUCCACUACGUCCUUUUCCGCACUGGAACCCUUCUUGCGCUGUCUGCGCUUGGGUUUGAARAGCUUAAUGGUCGGCGUACCCUUGUACUCGCCCAACAGCCUGGGAGGCCGGGAUCCGCCCUCCGUGUCCCAAUAGGCAAUGGUGACCAUACCCUUGACCGAAGCCGCCAGCUUCUCCCAUUCUCUUUUUGUUUUCGAAUACAAAGACGAAACGAGGGAUCGGGGCGGAAAGAUGAACAUGGAGGAUCAUAAAAUACAGGAACGCAAUACAUUGUAUUAUUUGUGUGAAUUGCAUGCAAGAACAAAGGUGAAUGGAUCGAAACCAGCAAAAGGAACUCAUUGGCAGAAACAGCAACAGCAACACGCAUCCAAAACUUACGGCUGGAGAAGCUGGCAGUAUCCUCACCCCUUUCGGCAGAUGUUGACCAACACAAGGUGCGGAUUGUCCACCACGGUUUCUUUCCAAUUCGAGGAAUCGAGCGUCACGACAUUGGAGGAAAACAACGGAUUGCGAGUUGAGGCCGACGCGAAUCGGUUCGUCGUAGUGGUUGUCGAAAGAAAGAACACGAAAAGAACCAUCCAUGCCCGUGCGACGACCAUUGCUGCGGUUCGGGYACCUCUGUUGCCACCAGAGGGCAACCGUAAGAAACYGGAGGUUACCAGCCUCAUUUUUGUCGUAUUUUGAUAGCGGAGUUGUUACUUUCGUGUGAAGGAAUUGAAUAUGAGAACACUUUUUGAAUAUUGUGACGGGAGGUAGAGAGAAACGAAGAGGGUAAAAAUGCCUCUUGUAAAGGAUGUUCUUCGAAGAGCUUGACAUCGACACCUAAAUUUACCACGCGUCGAUUUUCGUUUUGGGGGUGAAAAAAGAUCUCUUUCAUUA